CUGUUUUUUUUUUUUUCUUUUCUCUUUUCAUAGCUUUCUGAUCCUUAUUCGUUAAUCUGCGUAUGAUUCAAUUUUGAAUUGACUCUAAUACUGUUAUAAGGUCUGAUUGGUUUCCUCGCUCUAUGAAUUAAUUCAUCUCCGUUCUUGUUUGGAAACUUUGUCAUACUUGUUUGGUUUGGACUUUGGAGCUAGGGAGCGAUAUUGACGGCCGUGUAGUCCGUCUAUUCGCCGCUGAAAGCCUGCAAGCAGCUAAACUAUCAAAUUUGGAAUUCCAAUGUAGUAGUAAAUGUGUUUGAUUGAUGGGUUUGCGAUUGCCGGCCAAGAGAUGGAAUUGCCGGUUAAGGACGAAGAGCCUUACCGUCCGAGUAUUGACCGUGGUUGUUUGAGAUUGAGAACUGAGACAUUGAGCCUAACUCUGAAAGGCUUAAACAUUUUCGAAUCACCUGAAUAUAGCCAACUGGCCUCUUUCAGGCGCAGGCCCACCGUUAGCCCUGACCCAAACCUACUUCUUGUUGUUGGUGGACCUUAGGCCCAAAAUGCUCCCGAGUUUAACCCAUUGCAGAAUCAGUAGUCGAACAUUUCUUUUUGAGUUGGGUUAGCAAUUUAGCAUUACCUCUCUGUCAGUCGAGUUGUUUGUGUGUAUAUAUUAUAUAUAUAACAGAGUUGGUGCAAUUAUCUUUGUCUAAUGAAUGUCCUCUCAAGUGUUAAAACAGGUACGAGUCAACCCAGAUUGAAAUUGUAGCCUCCUAGACAAAAAAAAAUCAAGUAUAACAAGGGUGGAGAAGAGCUUCAAGUUCCACUGCAGAGGUUAGAGAUGAUUCCUUUCUUGAGUGCUUCCAAAGCCUUUCGGGUUCUGUGGUUGUAUUCCGUAUUUGCUGUGCUUCAUACACCUUGUAGCGCCGACCCUCCUUAUAACAUCUGUUCAAGCAACGCAAAUUACUCGAUGAAUAGUAUGUUUCAGUAUAAUCUCAAUCUCCUUUUCCAGAAUUUAUCCUCUGCAGCUUCCCUCUCACACUUCAAUAAAGUCACCAUUGGCAACAGCUCAGAUAGAGUGUAUGGCCUCUUCAUGUGUGUAAAUUACAAAACCCUCGACACUUGUAAGGAGUAUGUAGAUAUUGCUAUUCAGAAUAUCAACCGAUUGUGUCCAAACAGAACAGAGGCAACUGAUUGGGAGGAAUACAGUCAAUUGAGCUACUCGAACCAAAAUUUCUUCGGCAAAGUUGGUGUUGGAAAUAUUCCUCUUUGGAACAAGAAGAACAUAACAAACCCAGAUGAGUUCGCACCGACUGUGAGAAGCCUACUAGCUAACCUUUCUAAGGAGGCUACAUUCAAUGCAUCGAGCAGCAUGAUUGCGACUGGAAAUGCUAAUUUUACCGACCAUGAUACGAUAUAUGGUCUUGUGCAGUGCACCAACGACUUAUCUACAGAAGAUUGCUAUAAGUGUCUCCAAAAUUCCACAGAUGAAAUUCUAAGUUGCUGCUAUUUCUAUCGAGGAGCAAGAGUUCUUAAUAGGAAUUGCUACUUAAGGUAUGAGUUGUAUAAUUUCUAUCAGAAUGCUACUGAAUCGGAUGCUUUUCCACCAACUCUACCUACCAAUCCCGCAGGGAAGCAGAGUAAUAAGUCAUCAAAGAUUGUAAUUGUAAUUGCUGCAGCUAUCAUAUUGGCAUGUAUUAUUAUGGUAGCUCUUUUAAGUUCAUGGGCCUACUGCCAUGCCAGGAGAAACAGGUCAAGAAAAGAGAAAAACAAAAUUAUCCUUGAAGAACCUCCUUUGCAGGAUAUUCAUGGUCCAACUAGAACAGAUUCUUCAUACCAAAACAUUGAAGGAAUGGAUCAGAUAAAAUCUCAGGAUUUUCCUAUGAUUAGUUUAGCUAUUAUACAUGAAGCUACAAAUGGCUUCUCUGAUUUGAAUAAGAUUGGACAAGGUGGUUUCGGCCCAGUUUAUAAGGGAACUCUACCUGAUGAAACUGAAGUAGCAGUUAAGAGACUAGCAAGUUCAGAGCAAGGUUCAGAUGAAUUCAUGAAUGAAGUUUCAUUAAUAAUGAAACUUCAACACAAAAAUCUUGUGAGGCUCUUGGGAGGUUGUGUGGAAGGAGAAGAAAAGCUACUCGUCUACGAAUAUAUGCCCAAUGGAAGCCUUGAUGUUGUUCUCUUUGAUGAGAGAAGACGAGCGCUACUCGAUUGGAGAAAACGAUUUAACAUUAUUGUUGGAAUUGCUCGUGGAAUUCUUUAUCUUCAUGAGGACUCUCGACUUAGAAUCAUUCAUAGAGACUUAAAAGCUAGCAAUGUGUUAUUGGAUCAGCACAUGAACCCAAAGAUUUCGGAUUUUGGCAUGGCAAGGAUCUUUGAGAAAAAUGAUAGUGAAGCUAACACUGCUAGAAUAGUUGGAACUUAUGGAUACAUGGCUCCAGAAUAUGCUAUGGAGGGUUUGUAUUCUAUAAAGUCAGAUGUUUUCAGCUUUGGAGUUCUCGUGCUUGAGAUCAUAACUGGAAGAAGGAAUGCUGGCUUCCGUCUGUCCAAACAUGCUCCUAGUCUCUUAGCAUAUGCAUGGAGAUUAUGGAGUGAAGGGAAAGGACUAGAGUUGAUGGAUCCAUUGUUAACAGAGUCAUGCUGUAAAACUGAGUUUGAAAGAUGCAUCCAAGUUGGAUUAUUGUGCGUACAAGAAGACCCAAUGGACAGACCUACCAUGUCAUCCGUUGUUGUUAUGCUUAGAAGUGAAACAGUAGCUCUUCAAGAACCACAACAACCUGCAUUCUCUGUUGGGAGGUUCACAGUGCAGUCUGGUCAUUCUUUGAGGAGUCCUGAUGAUCUUUCAAUCAAUGGAUUAACUGUUUCUGCUGUUCUUCCGAGAUGAGUGACAUUAUGAAAUGGUUGCAGAGUUAUAUCCUAGCAGUGCCUUAAUUAGAAUAAAAGAUACAGUAACAAAAUUGGGAUUUGAUGUACAUAUCAGAAUGUAAAUAAAUAUCUACAUCCCAUUUAAUUGACUACUUUUGUUUAUGAAAUCUAGAAAUUAGUAGUUUAUCAUUUUAACCUCUUGCAAA